AGGUAGUGACUUUUAGUGACGAAUGACGAAAAUGCGUCGAGACCUUAGGUCGUGUCGUGCCGUAAAGGUUCCUGGCAGCGAGUUCAUCGACGACGAGGACGUCGACCACGUCAGUAAGAAUGAUUCAAUUAGUCCGCCAAACGAGUUCGAAGAUUCGCUACAAGCGAUGUCGGAUAUGUACGGACAAACGCCGCCCAGGACUCGUCUCAGUCGUAAGAAAAGGCACAUGAAGCAUAAGCUUGCGUCAGGCAGCGAUCUUAAGUCAAUAGAAAAGGAAGCUAGACCAAGGACAGCUAUCCACAGACGCAACACUCUGGACACUAUCAUUUUUAAUGAAAUGUGCGAUAAAGCGGACAAAGAUUAUGAAGAUGAGACGAAGGAGGAUGUGAAAGAGGGCAGGAAAAGCAAGAGAAGUUUGAAACUAUUGCGGGGCAACGAAAGGGACCUGAAGCUCGACGUGGAGGCUGCCCACAACUAUGCCGAGAGAUAUACCGGCGAGAUAGCGGUGUCGACGCCAAAUCAAAUCAAGAUCGAGACUAGAAAUAGAUUCCGCUGCCUGCGAUCUAAACCCGUUGACGUCGAGGAAAAGAAGGUGGAGCGUGAAGACAGUGAGCAAAGCGUGUUGAUAAAUGAAGAAUGUUUACGCGCACAAUCGCCGAGAACGCAGAGCUUGAGAGAGAGAGAAAUCUUUCACGAUACAUUCUCCUUUUUGAUUAAAUUAGGAAGCACAGAACGGAAUUGUCGUCGCCAAAUGAGUCACGAGGAGACUCGAUGGCAGAAUGAAUUAAAAGACUUGAUAUGGCUGGAAUUGCAAGCGCAUCACGCAGACCGUAGUCUAAUAGCGCAGGAUGAAUAUCUUUGCCGCCAACGAGAGGCGGUGGAGGGUUUACUUUCAGAAAUAAUGGAGUACAGAUACGAUCCCAUCAUAGAAAGAGAAGACGCGCAAGAGGGAAGCUCGAGUUGCGUCAGCCCCGGUGAUAUUGCGAGCGAUCGAUCCACGAAUUCCGGUUUGAGCUCAAAUAUCGAGCUGGGCGUAUGCCCAGGUUGUCUCUCCAUGUACUGCCGUGCGUGCGCCCAUGCACAGGGAGAAGCAUUGCAACAAGUGGAAGCUCUGUUGGCUCGUUUGGAAGUCGCAGAAGCUCUGUAUCCAUCCUCCCAUGUGUUCGCCGUUAAUUAUCCGUUAUACAAAAGCCCGGAGUUCACCGACAGGGUGAAGGCUAUGUGCCUCUGGUACAACAUGACGAAACACCAUCGAUUCAAAUUGCAGAUACUAGGCAGAUUACUCAUGAUGCUACACAGCAAGAAGAAACAGGACGAUUUUAAUGAUUCCGGCAUCAGUUCGCGAUCUUCAGAUACCGUCGAUUCUGCAGAGCGACAAUCCAUGGUGCGAUUUGAAUUACCUCAACAGGAUGAAACUUCCAGUCCCUCCGACAGCAAUAACAGCAAUAAUUCUUCGAUCGGAGGUCUAUCAUUUAUAUCGCAAUCACUGCCACCUACUCCAGAAACCUCGUUCUCAUAUUUUGAAGAUGAAAGAGUCGAUCGUCUCGAUUUCUACUUGGUCGAAUUUGAUCGACACGCCUACAGAAAAUACAUUGAAGACGUACUUAAAACGAGAGGUCUCCGGAAGAGUUUGAAUUUCUUGGAUCGGCUACAUACAUCUAUAUUGAGAAAAGCAAGAUUAACUUUGGAGAAAAAUGAUGACGAGGGAUGUGAUAGUAGUGCGAAUGAAGAAUACGAAGGUGACAAAGAAUUACGGCGAUAUGGUAUUUGGAGCUCUGAAGCGAAGGAAUUGAAUCUACCAUCAUACAGGGCAGCUUUUGUGUUUCUUUCACGUGUGCCUCUGGAUGUCGUCCAUGAAUUUUUAAGGAUGAGACUGGAACAGAAGCCGGAGCAGCCAAGUCCAUUGUCAGUCCGACAGCUCAUGCGGGAGCUUCGUGAAGGUCUCAGGAUUGCUUGCAUCCAUCGCGAUCGGUUUGCCGCACAUUCUAGUGCUGCUAUCGUCAGUGACCAAACCGGCUGUGAGAAUCUGUUUGAGGAGGACGUCAAGGACUUCGACGAAAGCUUGAGAGCCGUGUUCGAAGUGUACCUGGAUUAUCUUCAGCAGUGGGUAGACAUGGUGCAACACGACAGCUUCCACAAAAAUCUAAUUAUGGACGAGUGGUUGUUUGUCAAGUCGAUCGCUGGAAAUAUAAGCGACGGAUACAAGAUUGCUGGUGUGAAAUUCUAUAAGAUUGCGCGUACGAUGAUCAAGCAAGUGAAUGAAUUUUUCGUCGAACGGACUCGCGAGAUACGGGAAAUUGCAAAUUUCGAAGAGGAAGACGACGAGUUAUCAAGCAAAUUGCAUCAGAUGAACGUGGGUCGCGAAUGGCAAGGAAUGUUCGUAGAGAGUCGGGAAAAGAUUGUAAAAAGCAUCAAUCUCGCCAAAUGCUUGAAACGCGAUAUUGAGAAAUGGCCUGUCUGCGAUCAGGAGUUGGAGAAAUCAUUAAAACUGUUGAAGGAUAUAAUCCUGGAUUUGAGACAUCGCAUAACGAUGGUGAUCGAGGACUUUCAAAACGAAGCCAACAAAGUGGAACGAUUAAAUACCGAGAAUGAUCAGUUGCCGUUACGAUCGAGAAUCCGCGAGAUCCUCCAUCAAGCUUACAAGAUGGGUUUUGAUUUUCACAAGGAAAUGUGCAAGCUAUUCUCACUAGAAGAGAAAGCUAUUCUGGCGCGGGGUUUAGUAUCGUUUGCACUACUAUGGAUGGAGUUCGUGAGAACAAGAUGCGAACGUGGCCGCGGUUUGAGGCCUAGAUGGGCAAAUCAAGGUCUGGAAUUCUUAAUAACAGUAUGCGAGCCGCAAAAUACGAAGCAUCUUACCGAUCAGGAGUUUGAGGAAUUAAAGAUGUGCAUGGAUCGCUGCAUAUCUCAUGUCGUGGGAACCGUGUCAGUUACGGGAUCGACACCGGAGACAGAAAGCUUAAGAAGACUGUCGCGAUCAAGAGCUUCAUCACCUUGCCAUGGUCGUACUAGAACCGCAAGCAUCAGUGUCUCUCAGAAACCACGGGACGCUUUGAAGUCACCUGAGCUAUCAGUUAAUGUGAAGAAAAAUAAUUCGCCGAACAUAGUUGAUGGAAAUCUCGCAGUGAUAAUAAACAUGCCCGAGCGAGGUACACAAAGGCACGAGAUGAUCAUUCGUGCUAUCAGGAAAGUCGAGGGUGAACUUGACGAAAGAUUACGAAGCCGGGAGCUCAUUGGACAAGUCGUCGACAGGAAAACAGUGGACAAAGUUCACAUCAAGGCCAGGCGAGUUACAUUUACAUGGCAACGAGGUAUUAAAAUAGGCCAAGGAAGGUUUGGCAAAGUGUAUACCGUGGUGAACAAUCAAACUGGUGAAUUGUUGGCCAUGAAAGAGGUACAACUGCAACCUGGUGAUCAUAGAGCGAUCAGGCGUGUCGCCGAGGAAUUACAGAUAUUCGAGGGAAUUCAGCACCAGCAUUUAGUGCGAUAUUACGGGCUAGAAAUUCAUCGUGAGGAAAUGCUGAUCUUCAUGGAAUUUUGUGCAGAGGGAACUCUCGAGAGCUUGGUAGCGGGUAGCGGUAAUGGACUGCCAGAAUCUUUGGUCAGAAAGUACACUCAUCAGCUUCUUUCGGCUGUGGCAGCGCUGCACUCUCACGGAAUAGUUCAUCGAGAUAUUAAAACUGCAAAUAUUUUUCUAACAGAUGAAGGUAAUAGUUUGAAACUCGGCGACUUUGGCAGUGCGGUGCAAAUUAAAGCACAUACAACUAUGCCUGGCGAACUCCAAGGCUUUGUCGGUACUCAAGCUUAUAUGGCACCAGAGGUAUUCAUGAAGUCUGAAAGUAGUGGACACGGUAGAGCUGUUGAUAUUUGGUCAGUGGGUUGCUGUAUCAUCGAGAUGGCGAGUGGACGACGACCUUGGUCGGAUUACGAUUCAAAUUAUCAAAUUAUGUUUAAGGUUGGAAUGGGAGAAACACCAGCACUUCCGAAGAAUCUUUCCGCAGAAGGCAUAGAUCUCAUUAAGAAAUGUCUUCAACACGAUCCGAAGAAAAGGUCAACGGCGAGUAAUCUCUUUGCGCAUCCUUUUGCGCAUGGAGAAUAUGAAGAUGUUAAUGAUGCUGAUUUAACGAUGCCUGUGUAAUACUAAGAGCUCGGAAAGAUUGCACGAUCUCUGCUAGGCAAAGCUGGUAUUUGCGUUCGCACCUAAUCGAUAGAAUUGUUCCACUCAUUUGCUGUAUCGUAUUAUUUGAACAUGGUCUCGUUCUUCUGAGCAAUUCAGUGUGUUUUAUCCAGCUUCGACACUUUUUAAACGUAAAUAUUCUGUUAAUAUUAUGUUAAACGUAAUAGUCUAAUAUUUGCAGUAGGCUGUACAAAGAAACAAGGCAGUCUGAAAAUAUUUUAUUCACUGACAAAACCAAUAUAAUAUAUUGUACUAUUGUGAUCAUGUUGUACUUAAGGGGAUCCUAAAGGGGGUCCUGUUUUUCCAUGAUUACGUUUUAGGAGAAAUCUCCGAAUUAGCUUCACGGAUUGUAAAAUUUUGUUUACAGAAUUAAAGAACGCAUAAAAAGAAAUCCCAGCAAACACGAUUUCACGAGAAAAUCGAAAACAAAAUUAAAAAAUUUACUUUUUCUGGCACGUAAAACUCACCUGAGGUUAACAUUUGCGUGAUAUAAAAGUUUUACAGCUUGUAGAUUGAAAAUAAGCGUGAAGCGGGAUUUAGCUUACUUGAACAAAUAAUACUGAGUUUGUGGAAUUAAUAGCGUUUUUUACUGGGUCGCACUGAGUGCGCACCAAAAACUCGUUCAGUGGCAGCAGCACUGUACGAGGUUGCCAAAAGUGCGAGUUUCUUAUACUCUCAGCUAAACGUGUAUCGAUCUCAGUGCGUUUUAUAGUGCAUAUUUGCCACUACAUUUGAUAAUAUAAAAUAUUACGUAAUUCACAUUUUCAUAAUAUGGAAGGAGAAGGAUGCAUACGUGUCUACUAUUUUGUAAGCUGUUGUUCUGGA